UCAUCACUCUGUUUUUGUUUUCAUUAUGAUGCAGAACCGGUAGUAGUAGACUACUUUUUCAAGUUGUUAAUAUAAGGAAGGUAGUGGGUUGUAUCUUCCUCUUAACGGAGAGAGAAAAAUCAGAAGAAACAAAAAAAUCAGAGAGAAACAUGAAAAAAAAAUCAAAGACUCUGAGUGGAAUUGCUAAGACCGAGGUUUCAAGGUCCUACGGUCGUGUCGUGGCAUCAAGCCAAUGGUAUUCUACCAUUCCUUCUUCAAAGGACCAGGAUCUUGAAGAAGAAGAAGAAGAAGAGCAUGAUGAAGAUGAAGGCUCGCUCAAAAAAGAAGAAGAUGAAGAUGAAGGCUCGCUCAAGAAAAUGCAGUUCAUUCCUUUCCCCAAGGGCUACAUCGGCGGCGGCGGCUUUUUGGUCAAGAAGAAAGAGGAGACUGACAAAUCCACUGGCACCGAGUCCUCCUCUUCCUCUGCUAAAGGGACCGACAUGAACUACAACUACGGAACAAACGGUGGGAAAAGCUACGACAAAAGAACCACGUCCAACAGUGAUCAAGACGGACAGGGGACCGAGAUACCAGAAUACGGUGGCUGCAGCGGUUGCCCAGGAUGUAGCGGUGGCUGCCGUUAUUGCUUUGGUUGCGAUGGCUGCCAGUACAAGUUUUAAUGUGUGUUUCCUAGAUUCUAGUUGUUGUUGGCCUAGUUGGCUAGUUGGCUAGUUGUUAAAUGUAUUGUUCUGUACGUUAUCAUUAUGUGUGAUCCCGGAUC